GGAUGAAAGAGAGAGAGAGAGAGAGAGAGAAAGAGAGGGGGAAAGAGACGAGUUUAUCUCGUGUUCUGCCAGCAGCAGCAGAGAAACAGCUCCACAUUAAAACCCGGGACGCUCCAGUUCCAGCUCAGAGUCUGACACGCAGGCGUACAAUGCGCUUCAUAAAUCAUUAAUUCCCCAAAACCAGACCGGAUUCACGAUCCUGCAUUACGACAUUACUGCUUUACGGCGUUCAAUGGGAAUGCCUGUGGAGCCUCCCAGGGCUCAAGUACAGACCCAGAACUCCACAAGCAGCCGCUUUUGAUGAGAUCUAAGGAGAAGAGAUUCCUAGAGACCAAAUGAAGAUGUCGGUCACAUUUCUUUGGGCAUGACCCAUCCGGAGAUCUCAUCCCCGCAAGACGAGUUUGUCCUUCAGAAAUCUGCCUCACUCAGCCUCCAGACCAUCAUCUUUUCCACACUGGCUCAGAAGAUAAGAACUUAGAGAGGGCAGAACAGGAGGGGUGUGAGGGUGUUGGGCAGGGGGCUGCUGGUGCAUGGGGACGGGCAGCACACAUCUCUGAAGGUGAGUGAAAGCCCACCCUCGCCCAUGCCGUCCCCUGCCCGCACCAGUCCUCCUGCCCUCUGCAAUGGUGACAUGAUGGUAUGCGUCAUGGAAGAUCUCUGCUUCAUCCCACCCUUUUCUUUGUGCUAUUAUACGAUAGACUUGGUGAUUUGUUAGUGACUCGAGGACGGUGUAUAUACUCAUCCAAGUGGCAGUAGGGUGACGAUGCUGGUGUGUGGACGCGUGAGACGGCUCUACAGGCAGCUCACGCUGCAGACCAGCCUACUUCUGCUCUUCCUCUUCUGCAUGGUAAGUGUGCUCAUCUCAGCCUACUUUCUGUAUGGGGUCAAGCGGGAGCUGGAGCCUGCAAGCGUUGGUGGGGUGGAGAACGUUGACGACGGCACCGCCGACUGGGAGGAUUCUCAAGCCGCCACCCCUUCCGCUCCGUCAGCCAGGAUACUUCCUGCAAGAACUGCCAAGCCAGCAGACACGUCCCGCACAGACCCUGUGGUUCUGGUGUUCGUGGAGAGCCUCUACUCACAGUUGGGCCAGGACAUCGUGGCCAUCCUGGAAUCAGGACGCUUCCGCUACCAGAUUGAGAUCGCCCCUGGAAAGGGCGACAUGCCUACACUCACCGACAAGAACCGGGGCCGCUUCACACUGGUCAUUUAUGAGAAUAUCCUCAAGUAUGUCAACCUGGAUGCCUGGAAUAGAGAACUUCUCGAUAAGUACUGUGUGGAGUACGGAGUGGGCAUCAUUGGCUUCUUCAAGGCAAAUGAGAACAGUUUACAGAGUGCCCAGCUGAAGGGGUUCCCCCUCUUCUUACACUCUAACCUCGGCUUAAGGGACUGCAGCGUCAAUCCCAAAUCGCCGCUCUUGCUCAUCACUAAGGCUCGCGAGGUGGAGCGCGGACCCCUGCCCGGGGACGACUGGACUGUCUUCCAGUCUAACCACUCCACCUACGAGCCUGUACUGUUGGCCCGAGGCAGGACUACAGAAGCCGGAGGUCCUCCAGCACCCCUGCACGCAGCCGUGGUCCAGGACCUGGGGCUUCACGACGGUAUCCAGCGGGUACUCUUUGGCAACAACCUUAACUUCUGGCUGCACAAGCUGGUGCUGGUGGACGCCGUGAGCUUCUUGACAGGCAAGCGGUUGUCGCUCGCACUGGAGCGUUAUAUCCUAGUGGACAUUGAUGACAUCUUUGUGGGCAAGGAAGGCACGCGGAUGAAGGUUUCUGACGUCAAGGCCCUCCUGGAGACGCAGAACGAGCUCCGAACUCAUGUACCCAACUUUACCUUCAACUUGGGCUUCUCUGGAAAAUUCUUUCAUGCUGGCACUGAUGAGGAAGAUCUGGGAGAUGACCUGCUCCUUUCCUACAGUAAGGAAUUCUGGUGGUUUCCGCACAUGUGGAGCCACAUGCAGCCUCAUCUCUUCCACAACCAGUCGGUGCUGGCCGAACAGAUGCUGCUCAACCGCAAGUUUGCAGAGGAACAUGGCAUCCCCACAAACAUGGGCUAUGCAGUGGCUCCUCACCACUCGGGCGUCUACCCCAUCCACAUGCAGCUCUACGAGGCCUGGAAGAAGGUGUGGGGCAUCAAGGUGACCAGCACCGAGGAAUAUCCUCAUCUCAAACCUGCACGCUUCCGCAGGGGCUUCAUCCACAGUGGCAUCAGUGUGUUGCCCAGGCAGACGUGCGGUCUCUUCACACACACCAUUUUCUACAACGAGUACCCUGGAAGCCCCAAGGAGCUUGACAAACUCAUCAACGGAGGAGAGCUGUUCCUCACCGUGCUCCUCAACCCGAUCAGCAUCUUCAUGACCCACCUCUCCAACUACGGCAACGACCGCCUGGGCCUGUACACGUUUAAGAACCUGGUAAAGUUCGUCCAGACGUGGACCAACCUGAAGCUGCAGACGCUACCACCCGUGCAGCUGGCGCAGAAAUACUUCCAGAUCUUUCCCGAGGAGAGGGACCCAAUUUGGCAGGACCCUUGUGAGGACAAAAGACAUAAAGACAUUUGGUCAAAGGAGAAAACCUGUGACCGCUUCCCUAAGCUGCUCAUCAUAGGCCCGCAGAAGACCGGAACGACAGCGCUCUAUCUGUUUCUGGGAAUGCACCCUGAUCUGACCAGUAAUUAUCCCAGCAAGGAGACCUUUGAGGAGAUCCAGUUCUUCAAUGGUCGUAAUUAUCACAAGGGCAUUGACUGGUAUAUGGAGUAUUUCCCUCUGCCCUCCAACACUAGCUCAGAUUUCUACUUUGAGAAGAGUGCCAACUAUUUUGACUCGGAGGUGGCAGCCCGUCGAGCUGCUGCGCUUCUUCCUAAAGCCAAGAUCAUUACAAUCUUCAUUAAUCCUGCUGACAGGGCCUACUCCUGGUACCAGCACCAGAGAGCCCACGAUGACCCUGUGGCCCAGAAAUACACCUUUCAUGAUGUCAUCACUGCUGGCCAUGACGUCCCGAUCAAACUGAAGGUGCUGCAGAACCGCUGUCUUGUGCCCGGCCUGUACGCAACACACCUGCAGCGAUGGCUCAGCCACUACCAUCCCAGCCAGAUCCUGGUGCUGGACGGUCAGAUGCUGAGGACGGAGCCGGCUGCAGUCAUGGAUAAGAUCCAGAAAUUUCUUGGCCUCACAAACACUCUCAAUUACCACAAGAUCCUAGCGUUUGAUCCUAAGAAGGGUUUCUGGUGCCAGCUGCUGGAUGGGGGGAAGACGAAAUGCCUGGGGAAGAGCAAAGGGAGGAAGUAUCCUGACAUGGAUGUGGAUUCACGACGCUUUCUCCGAGAACACUACCGCGAGCACAACAUCGAGCUGUCCAAGCUGCUGUACAAGAUGGGUCAGCCGCUGCCAAGCUGGCUACGCGAGGAGCUGCUCCACAGCAGGUAGCCUGAAACGGGUGCUGGGGGCGAACACAACCGACACACUCGCACUCCUCCACGUGCUCCAGAGGAGACUCUACCUCUCCAAUUUCCUCCGAGUCAGCUACAGCAGCUGGAUAAGGCACAGCAGCCCACAGAGGCCUCGUUCUGGAGGUCCGGGCUGUUGGAGGAAAAGAAACGGAGAAGGAAAAAAGGCAAGGUGCUGCGAAGGAGACACUGACAUUCCCUUGCUUUUUCAUUCUUUGAGAGAGCAUGGGCAGGGAUCUCUGUCAGUAUACAUACACACACACACACACACACACACACACAGACUGCGCUUUUCCUGCGUGUUUGUUCUGCUCAGACACCUUCAGACACAAUUUUGGAGAAGAUGCAAGAGACUUUUUUUUCUGUUGGAACAGCACAGAAGCCAACAGCGAUUAACACGAACCAGGAAGGAAAAUUCAGCUCUCAAUAUUUUCUCCCAUUCAUUCAUUCAUUCAUUCAUUCAUCCAUCCUUUCAUUCACUUACAUGUCAUAUUGUGUUGUGAAACAGGAGCCAGGCUCAUCCUGUAGUCUAUUUUUGUUCUUUCUUUUUUUUUUUUUCUUUACUUCGUAGCCCACUCAUUACGUUACAUGUUCCCACUAGAACAAAAUGUGACGUUUAAAGUAAAAAUUCACAUCUACGUAUUUAUGGUGUUACAAACUACACAAAUUAUGGUACUUUAAAAACAAUAAGCUACAUCCAGAAUAAAUGUGAGUGUAAAUAUGGACAUGUACAGUACCUGGGGAUCCUGAUACUCUGUAUUUUGUGCAGUAAGUUAAUUAUUGCCUAAAUUAAACCGAUUACUAUUCGUCACAUGACCAGAAGUCUUUGGACAUGCCUUGAUGACUUGAGCUAUUCAUUAGCAUAGAAAUUAUUCCAGGAUGAACCAGUGUUCCAACAGUAAGAGUAUUACUGGAAUGUUAAUUUUUUUGAAUCAGAAUGAAGGUGGUAUUUUUCAUAUUUGGUAUGUUUUUUAGCCCCUUUGUUUUGUCACAUGAUCCCAGCAUAUACAGUCUAUGAGUAGUUCAAGUCAGUCCUUGAGACGUAUCGGAGAAUGUAUCGCUUCCUUUGGCACAUAAGGACUGUCUCUGAAAUGAUUUUGUUCUGGAGUUAUGGACUAAAUUACACCUCUGAAUGUAAGCACAGACAUGAUACCCUUUACUGGUGAGCAGAAUACACAGUGGAAACGUACAGGUCUUGUUUAUCAUAAUGAAGUCGAGUAAGCAGUUCUUCCAGCUGCAAUUCAAAUAACGAACAAAACCUCAAUUCUUAUUUCCCCCUGUCCCACUUUUAUUUGGUGCUUGUGGUAUCAGUGAUGUAUUUUCAACUCCCCUCUAGUCUUAAGCACAUUACUUAACUAUUACGCUGUCAGCUGGACGAUCACGUCUUCCGUAUGCCUUCUGGUCUAAAGGAGAACUUGAUUCCAUAUGCCAUUUGUGCAUGUAAGAUAAUUGUGGAGAUGACACUGAGAUCUGAGGCUGUGCAUGGGUGGACAUGUUAUAAAUUCAUUAGCUAGCCCACAGGACAAGUAAAUCUCCAGUGUGCUGCGCAGUCCAAUGUUUUGGUUGUCCAGAAACCUAACCGGUACAGUGGGUGGCACUGGCUUCUCACAGCUCCAGGGGCCUGGAUUUGAUCCGUGUCCAUAUGGGUGUCCACUAGAUUCUCCGCUUUCUUCCCACCUCCUGGAAACAUGCCGGUAGGUAGAUUGACUAAGAUGAAUUGCCCUAGGUGUGAAUAAGUAUGUGAAUGUGUAUGUUUGGUGCCCUGUGAUGGACUGGCAUGGACCCCAGUGUUCUCAGGAUAGACUCCAGAUCCAGUGCGACCCUGACCUGAAUAAAGCUCUUGAGAAUGAAUGAGUGAAACCUAACUGACAAGGCUGAAAAAAAAAUGGUAGCUAACAUACUUUAAGCUAGUUAAAUGUGUUAAUACAGAUACAUACUGAGUAUAUGAUCUUUAUCCUGUUUUAACACAGUUUCUAAAGUGAGAUAUCAUGUUUUACCCCUCGACAAAAAGUCAGUUGUUGGCUGACAUUUUGGCUGAGUUGUGAUGUUCUGUCCUUGCACAUUAUUCAUGUCUGGCUAAGUGUCUUUAUUUUCCCAUAAUAUGUUUAAUAUGUUUCUUACAGUUAUCAAAGCUUUGUGUUAGACUUUAUUGACUAAUUUAACCCACCUAGUAAAAAACGUUCUCCAUGUCUCGACCAGUGAGUGUAAUGCAGCAGGGGGUGGGAUUCAGAAUGAGUAGCUUGAACUAUAGUUACGGCAUUGAGUUGCAUCACACCACCAUGUAGCGCAUUAAGUCAACAUUCAGCUUACACUAUAUGGCCAAAGGUUUGUGGACACCUGACCAUCACACUCAUAUGUGCUUGUUGAACAUCCCACUCCAGAUUUAGUCCCCCUUUGCUGUUAUAAUAAGCUCCACUCUUCUGGGAAGCUUUCCACUAGAUUUUGGAGCGUGGCUGUGGGGAUUUGUGUUCAUUCAGCUACAAGAGCAUUAGUGAGGUCAGCCACUAAUGUCAGGUGAGGAGGUCUGGGGUUCAGUCAGUGUUCCAGUUCAUCCCAAAGGUGUUCAGUGGGGUUGAGGUCAGGGCUCUGUGCAGGACACUCGAGUUCUUCCACUCCAACCUUCACACACCAUGUCUUCAUGGAGCUCGCUUUGUGCACAGGGGCAUUGUCAUGCUGAAACAGGUUAGGGUCCCUUAGAUCCAAGUGACGGGAAAUUGUAAAACUACAACGUACAAAGACAUUCUAGACAAUUGUGUGCUUCCAACUUUGUGGCAACAGUUUGGGGAAGACAUAGGGGUGUGAUGGUCAGGUGUCCACAAAUGUUGGACAUACCAAAAGUGUAGAUACCAAAUGAAAAGUUUCGCGAAUGUCAACAAGGAGUAGGUUUUGAACCUACGUGUUGAACUACGAAUAAAAAAACGAACUAAUAGCCAAGACAUGAAAGCUACUUGUCCCAGGUGCCUGGGCUUCUGAUUUGUCCAACCCUGCUGUUCAAACGUUCUCUGUUCGUAUCUCAUUUCAGUUUGCUUGUACUUUAAUGCAUCACUGAAAUGAUUAAUGAGUUGAAGACCAGGAAGCUUGAUUAUUCCACCAUCUUGAUCUUGUGGUUUUUUUUUUUGUUUGUUUUUGUUUUGUUUUUACUCUUUUUUAAAUAAAGACACUCAUAUGAUGGUGGAGGAGGGCUGAUCAUAGAAAUCUCUGCUUAAAGGUCAAAGUAAAAUAUUGCCCUGAUUUCACAUUUUCAACUUUGAGUCCUCAAUUACAUCAAAUUAGAAAUGACAGUAUUUAUUUUUUUCUGUAUUGCAAACCAAAAUGUGUGAAAAGAGUAUGAUGCGUGAUAAGCACAACUUUUUUUUUUUUUGGUUUUGGUUCUUUGACCAAGGACAAUAGGAAACGGUUAUGUACCUCUGGUUAAAUGUAUGUUUCAUCAUGAAGUCUCUGUAUUAAUGAACGGUUGAAGCAUUCGCUGAAGAUUUGUGUUCUUCGCACACUGUCUGUAAUACUGACCCACGCACCUUAUACACACUGUCCAGUUCUCAGCGUGAAGAAAAAAAUAAAAAAUAAAAACACCUUACACAACCACCAUCAUGACCAUCAUGCUGCUCAGAUCUCCAUCAUGAUGUUGACGAUAACGGUCUGAAUUUUUUUUUGUCCUGAUUUAGUAUUUCUAACUGUAAUAAAAAUGCAAUAAUAUAUUUUACUGAGAAAGUCAGAUGCUUUGCACCAAGCACAAACCAUGUGUUCUCUGUGUAUGGAAAGAAAGAGCAAGAGGAGAGACUAGAGACAUUUCCCUCUUUUUGGGUUCCAAAAUUCUGACCACACACACACACACACACACACACACACACACAAAGUGGUUCCCAUGAACUUCACACUGCCAAUCUUGUGCUUUCUGUAUUAUAAUGUAGGAUAUCAGUAGAUAGUGUUGUAAAUGAAAUAAAUUGUAAGGUAAAAUAAUCAUCUGGACUGUACAAUCAAACCUAUCAUUGUUAAUAUUUUUUAUUGUUGGUAGCCAAUAUUUUUGUGAUUAAUUUGCAAAUAAAGAAACCACUGUCUUUUUA